AUGUCCUCCAUACUGUGCCCAGCUGAUCUGGUGCCCUUUGAAGAUCUCUUCUCCAGACCCCCGAAUCCCCUGCUGGGCGCCUCGGACCAGGAGGGCUGGGGGAGGCUAAGCCGGCCGGGGGCGAGUCCUGGGCUGGCCCCUCCAGGGUCUCCCCCCAGCCCCUGUGGCUUGGGGGGUGCGCUCUGCGAGCCUUUUAGCUACCCGGAGCCUGCCAUCCCCGGGGACCGGGAGGCCACAGAGAGACUGCGCUUGGGGGGCUCCCCCUGCUGUGAUUUUGGCGACCUGUUUUGCAAACCACUUAAUCCCAUGCUCUCCCUCAGUGUGGCCUGCCAGCCUCCAGUCCCCGUGGUCCCGGUGCUGGCUCCAGCCUCACCGACCCCCAGGCCUGCUCUGGUGCCAAGGCCCGGGGCCGCAAGCCCGGGUGGGGUCUCCUGCGGUCCCGGGCCCGGUGAAGCCAGGCCCAGGAAGCGUGGCAGCCGGGGCAAGAAGAAGAGCAAGGAGGCUGGUGGCUCGGCGGCCAAGGGGAAGAAGCAGCCCCAGGAGGAGGACUUUGCCGAGCUUCUGGAGCAGUACAGACGUGAGCGGGAGGCCCUCACAGCGGCCCCGGUGCCCCCGGCGCCCCCGCCCUCUGAAGGCAGGGCCAAGAAAGGAGCCAAGCGCGGUGCAAGGGCUGCCAAGAAAAAGAAGCAGCCAGGGCCCGUGAGGUCCACGGGUCCCGGGCGCCCGGCGGUCCCUCCCGCGGCCCAGGAACCGCCGCUGGUGAGCCAGGAGUUCAUCGAGAAGAACACCGUGACCCUGGGCUCGCAGAGGGUGUGCAAGUACUUCCUGGCUGGGCGCUGCGUCCGAGGAGAGCAAUGCCGGCUGGACCAUGCGGCCCAGGGCCUCAAGUUCCAGCAGCUCUGCAAGUUCUACGUGCAGGGCUACUGCAUGCGAGGCGAGCUCUGCCGCUUCCUGCACCAGGAGUUCCCCUGCAAGUUCUUCCACACUGGGGCCAAGUGCUACCAGGGGGACCAUUGUGGCUUCUCUCACGCGCCCCUGACGCCGGAGACGGAGGGUCUCCUGCAGGCUGCCCUGGCCGGCACUGCUCUCCGCGGACACAGUGCCCAGCCCCGGCUCCUUACUGACCAGGCAGCUACUGACUAG